AGUUGAUUCUCCACGGGGAGUCUAGUUGACCUUUUUCACAUUGAUAUUAAACACAGCCGUUUAGUGUUUUUCACCAUCAUUACCGCGGAGGAGAAGAGGGGUUGUGUUCUCUUUAAUAUCCUCCUCAUAGAGCGGCUGCCUGUGAUCGAUGAGGCUCAAGUAGGCUGUUUAUGUCAAAGGUGUGUCUGCCAUUUAAAGCCGAGCUGAUUCAUUCUUUAGCGUUAGUUGAUUAAUCGACAUUAAAUUAAAACACGAGCUUCUCCGAUGACACAUUGAGGGUAUUUCCCACGCAAGAGGAACAACUAAACCAACCCAUCAGAAGUGUUCUCCUCUAGAUUCAUCUGAAAUGCGUUCCUGUGAUGCCCCAGGGCGGGCCGAGCUGGUUGGGGUCGCGAUGCCUUAUGUGGACCGGCAGAAUCGUAUCUGCGGCUUCCUGGACAUCGAGGAGAAUGAGGGCAGCGGCAAGUUCCUGCGCCGGUACUUCAUCCUGGACACCCAGCAGGGCAGCCUGCUGUGGUUCAUGGACAACCCUCAGAAUCUGCCUAAGUGUGCAGAGAAGGUGGGAUCUCUCAAACUCACCUACAUCUCUAAGGUCAGCGAUGCCACCAAACUCCGACCAAAGGCAGAGUUCUGCUUUGUUGUAAAUGCAGGAAUGAGAAAGUUUUAUCUGCAAGCCAACGACCAGCAGGACCUGGUGGAUUGGAUCAGUGUUCUCAACAAUGCAACCAAGAUUACAGUGCCAAAGUCCGGCGAGGGCCAAACGCCAGCCCACCCGGAGGCUCCCCAGGAAGUGCUGGGAGCCUUGAAACAAGUCUCCUACAAGACUGAGAUCAUAGGAGGGGUCCCCAUCACCACGACGACGCAGGAGCGGGGGGAGGGGCAGAACGAGGCAGAGCGCAGCGGUUUGAAGCGGGGUCAGAAUCAUUUGCCCUACUUCCUGUCCAGAGGAGCGCAGGACCAGGCCGUCAUCAAGGCCGGGUACUGCGUCAAACAGGGAGCUUUGAUGAAGAAUUGGAAGAGGAGGUACUUCCUGCUGGAGGAAAACGCCGUCAGCUACUACAAGUCUAACCUGGAGAGGGAGGCACUGAGAGUCAUCCCGCUGAAGGAGAUCCACAAGGUCCAGGAGUGCAAGCACAGUGAGCUGAUGAUGAGGGACAACCUGUUCGAGAUGGCUACCAGCUCCAGAACCUUCUACAUACAGGCGAACAGUCCAGAGGACAUGCACAGCUGGAUAAAGGCCAUCUCAGGGGCCAUCGUUGCUCAGCGCGGUCCGGGACGCUCCGCUUACACCAUCCGUCAGGCCAGAAGGCUGUCCAGCCCUUGUUUACCAAGGUAUACGCCAAUCUGCGGCGGUGAAUGCAGCACGAACGCAGUUCUUCCCCAACGUCCUCCUCCACCUUCUAUUACUCUGACGAGGAACUACACCACCCUCAAUCCUGCCCUGCCUCAGCGGGCCCUCAGCUUCACGCUGGACCGGCACCAGCAGGAGAACUUCCUGGGCCUCCUCCCAUGGAGGCUGAGCGGCGUCCCGGCUGCCAUGGCGCCCCUCCCGGCGGCGCGCUCCCGCCUCUCGCUGCAGGAAACGGUGCUGUCGCCAAAGUGACAGAGCAGAGCCGGUCCAAAAUGGCCCCCCAUGUUUCUGGGGAGGAGGAGGCCUCUGAGAAAGCAAACGUGUACAUGACUCUGAUUUGAUAAAACACACACACACACACACUCUUCAAACUACCUGAGUGAUCCUUCUGGAAUCCUCCAGGACCAUUUGACUCGUACAUGUGCGCUUGUGUGGAAUUGGACCUUCUUUGCCUGCCGUUUCCUCACUUUUGUUUUCCCAGGUAUUCAUUUACAAACAAACAAAGCCCACGUUGUCGUGCAAAGAAAACCCAUCUGUGAAAUUGUAAUGCUGAUGUUUUUUCGGGAGCGUGAAGUCCCUGGGUCUCGUGCUUCGUGUGAGAUCCAAAGUGUACCGCUGAGAGAAAAAUCCAGAACCUCAGCGGGUUUAAGACAAUACACAUUUAUAUUAAAAGCUCUUUAAUGAUUUCA